AUGCCAAAAAAGAUUCCAUUUCAAGUAGCUUACGCAACAGGAGAAUCUGUUAGUCAUCCAGUAUCGGAAUUGAAUCAGCAUGGACCUGCAGUUCGCGGUUGGCAUUCAGCGCCUGGAUGUCCAUAUCCACAAGAAGUUGUAUUGCGGAUGCAAUAUCCUGCAUUGGUUACUAGAAUUCAGGUGCUGGCCCACCAAUAUCUCAUACCGGAACGUUUAGAGUUGUGGUUGCAUUACCAACAAACAUCAGAACCGAAAACACCAAGCAGCCAGGAGUAUGACUAUUUAGGAUACCUGUCUUUGUCUGACAAUUCAUCAACUGAAUUUAAAGUUCGAGAAUUGCAAAAUGUGGAUGUUGGUCCCAGAUUAGGUACUCAUCUCAAGUUAAAACUUAGUCGCAACCACGAAAAUGUUCACAAUAAGGAUAACCAGGUUGCGUUGAUUGCUGUCAAUAUUUUGGGAGAAGAACCUUCUAAUCCUCUAUUUAAAGAAGGACAAAUUGAAGAAUUGGAUUUGAAAUCUCAGCGUUUAUCAAUGUGUGACGAUCUUUCAUUUUCCAUGUAUGUUGAAAAGGGAGUUGCUGAUAUUAUAAGGACAAUGGAGUCUAAGAAAGAAAAUGCAGUCAAAGAUGAACGAUUUGAAUAUGCCAGGCGUUUGAAAUCUGCGAUGUCCUGUUUGCGAGAGGCUGGUGAGCGAAUGGGUCGAUACGAACUGGCCAAAAAAAUGGCAGCCUUGUCGGAAGACUUUCAAAAGGCCACUUUGCGCAAAGAACAAAUUGAAGUUUAUAGACGCUCGGUUUAUAAAACUUUGGACAUUGAUGUAUUACUUGAGGUUAACGGGCAUGAGUCAUCCAAUGACGAAUGUAUUGAAUCGAAUUCUAAGCCGAUAGAAGUUCUUCCGGCAGCUCCUAGCAUGCAUCAAAUAGCAGAACUUUUAUCAAAUGGCACACCUACACCAGAGGCAAAUACUGUGAGUUCAGUAAAUCAAAAAGAAGAUGAAAAAAUUGUACAUUCGCUAGUACAUCUUCGCCUAGUUUAUGUUUCAAUGGAUGCAGUCCUAGAGGUCACUAGUCCAAUAACCAUUGCGCAACAAGUCGCAACUAUACGGAAAAGAAAUAAAAGUGUACCACAUUCGACAUUUGAUGAUUAUGAUGAGAGAGCCAUUCCAGCAUUGAGGCAUUCGCAGACUAACGAAUUUCUUCGGGAAUGUUCAUCAGCAGAGGUUGUCACAAACGAAAGUCGAGGAAGAAGUCGCUUAAGUGAAAGAGAACGGAGACAAGCUGCUUUGGCCAUACUAGUUUUCGGAAAUGAUUUGGUUGAACUAUUUUACUCUAAACAGUUCAGUGAUCGCGAGGAGGGUUUGACUCGGCUGCGGGAAGUGCUACGAGAUAUGAAUGGUGCCAAUAGGCAGGCGCGUGCAGCUUCUUUGUUGCUGCACCGAGCCAUUCGUGAUCCGGUAUUUUCAGUCUACAGUUGUGCAGCAGAAACAGUGCGGACCUUGUUCACAGAUUUUAUUCCGGGCAGGGUAUCAAUGAGUGAAGUUGCAAGAACUGUCGAUCGCCUUCUACCAGAACUAUUAACCAGAUGCGGCGACAGCAGUCCUCGAAUUAACAACCUGGCCCAACAUACGAUCUUAAGUAUUGCAGCUUGCGAAGAAGUCAAAACACAGAACUUGAUAGCUCCAGCGCUUAGUCGAACUGUGAGCAAUACUACGCAUCCUCGUUUAGCUUUGAGUAGGUUAUUAAUUUUAGAGCAAAUGAUAUUAAGUUAUGGAAUAUCUCAGGAUAAACAGAGUGGCUUAACGUGUCGCACAUUGAGCGAAUGCGGUUGCUCUGGUUUACAUCAUCCAUCGGAGCCAGUUAGAAAAGUCGCCGAAAGAAUAUUAUUACAGGUAUACAAAGUUAAUCCUAGAUUAGUGCGAAAGCAACUUCCUCCUGAUGAUGAUAUAACACGAAGAAAUUUACUCUAUAGGCAACUAUUUCAGGAAUUUGAUAAAAUUGACACACAACGCAGGAUAGAUAAUCUUCAAACCAAAUCUCAGUUAAAACAAAAUACUUUACCGAUAGAAAAACUUGCACUGAAAAAUGAUGAUAUUGGUUUAGCCCAUCAGUACAAAAGUUCAAUUAACAGUCUAAGGAAAAGUGAGAAGAAUGUCUCGUAUGCUUUGCAAUAUAAUGCUAAUUCAAAAUAUGAUGAAAAAGAGACACUUUUUCAUGCUGGUGCUAAAAAUGGCACUGAUGUAUUUGAACCGUAUAACCAGGCAAAUACAAAGCAAACGGAUGCAAAUUAUUAUUCAGCAAUAAAAAAUGACAAACGAGCAAAUUCUUCUAUGUUAAAAUCUGCAUCAGCCAGAUAUGAUAAACAAGAUAAAAUCACAAAUGUGGCAGAAGUCUCCAAUAAUGACAUCAUACAGUGUUCAUUUUGUGGCUGGAGUGAUAAAAACUCAAGCUGGAAUCAGCUAGAUCAACAUUAUUGGCGACAUUGUCCAAUGUUGACUUCCUGCACAGAAUGUCAACAAAUUGUUGAAAUUUCAUAUUUUAUGCAGCAUUUGAAAGAGGACUGCAAAUAUAAAGAUAACUUUCAUCAGUGUCUUAAAUGUCUGGAAAUGGUUCAUAUGGAUGAUUAUAAAAAGCAUACAGCAGAAUUUUCUUGUAAAAGGCCAGGUGUUGGCUGUGAAAGAUGUCCUCUAUGUAGAGAAGAUAUAAAAGAAGAUGAAUGGAUUGAUCACCUGAAAAUAAAUGGAUGUCCAAAUAACAUUAAGAGAAAGGAAUCUUUUAACAAGUUUAUCGGUCUUAAGUUAUGAGUUAUAUAUAUGGUUUCCAGAAUUAACAGGUAAUG